ACUCUACACAUUCUGUGUAUGUCUUGUGGUGGUGUACACACUCAUACUUGACAUUUGAGCAAGUUUGAAGAAACAAAAGGAAGUAAAGAGUGUUUUCCUGAGAGAGACUGGGGACUGUUUUGGAGUAUAUUUGUCUAUGUUUUCUCUGACAACAUGGAGUACUGCUUUUUGAAAGGAUUCCUAGUGGUUUUGUUGAUGCAACACUGCAGGUCUGAAGAUCUCUCUACCUCUAUCCAAUCCACAGUGGUCACCUUGCAAGAUGGCCCGGCCUUACCCCAGGAACCAGAGCUUCCCCAUGCAGAGGUGGUACCUGUGGUGGCCCCUCCUAGCCUGAAGGAGGUGCAGCAGGCUGUGCAGGAGGCCUCAGAGCAGGUGGAGGGUCGAGGGGCCGAGGAAGUGCUGAAGGAGCUGCUGGAGAGGGUGGUGGAGGCAGCUAUGGGGCAGGUGGAAGGAGGAGGUGAAGCAAAAGUAGAUGAGGCUGCAGUGCAUGAUGCGUUUGAGGAGGAUGCACUAGGGGCUAAAAAAGGAGAGAUGGAAAGUGACACAGAGGCGGAGGUGUCGGAGCAGACAGUGGAGGAGGAGGUGGAAGCUGAAGAUAUGGUUGGUGAGGGAGGAGAUACUGGGGCUGGAGAGGAGCAGGAGAUAGCAAAGGUGGAUGCAUUUGAAGAUGAAGUUGAGGAGGGCAAAGGAGCUGCCAAGGGGAUGGAGGAGACUGUAGCUGGAUUUGUGCAGGACACUACAGCAGAUGUAAAAACUGGAGGCAGAGAGGCAGAGGGAGUGGAGGUUAUUGGUGAGUUACCAGACACCAAAGUAAGUCAGGAGUUUGUAGAGGAAGCUGUAGCUGCUUUAGAAGAAACAAGAGGGUAUUUAGCAGUGGAGGAGACAGGUGUGGAGGACAGUAAUGGGCAGGUUGUGUUAUGGAAAGAAAAAGAAGCAUCUGAAUCAGAAACAAAGGCGGUAGAGGAAGUCUCAGCUGUUGUGGAUGUGGGAAUAGGUGGAGAGCCUGAGGAGGAGACCAUUGUAGACUCUGACCCUAGCCUGGCGGUGGCUGAUGUGGAGCAGUUAGGGGAUGCAUGGGGAAAGGAAGAGACUCAGGUAGAUGAUGUUAAAGGUGAGGUGAUAGUACCACAUUUUGAUAAUUAUGAGAGAGAGACAACACAAACUGUGGCAGUAGAGGUGGAGGACGAGGAGAAGGUAAACAUAGUGAAGGAUGCUGAAGGACUAGAGGUAGACAAUGAACAUGGCCAUUUAGUGGUGGAGGGAGGAGAUGUUGAAGAGGUCAAAGCAGAAGGUGCAAAAGUUGGGGAAGCUGAAGGAGGUGAAAUAAAUAGAGGGAGUGUAAUCAAGGAGGAAUCGGGGGCAUUAGUGAAUGAGGUCAGUGACCAUCAAGCAGGAGAAGAGGAGCAGAUUGCUUCGGAGACCUCACUUGACAGUGAAAAAGAGGAUCAAGAAGUGCUGGUGAUCUCUGCCCCAAAGCCACUGGACAGCGAUGAAGCCUCCAUAGAGAAGAGCCCUGAGAACCAGGCUCCCACCCCCAGGCCAUCCUUAGGUGGGGGGGAGACAAAAGAAGCUACCCUUGGUGAUGAGAAAUCCAACAAUGGCAAUGAGAUCAUUAACACUACUGAUGACCUUUUACCACACGACCCUGUUGUGGCCCAACCUACACUGGAUAAUUUUGUUAAGGAUUUUCCAGCUGAACCCCCUCAGGCAGAAGGGGAGGAACCAGGGGAGGCCAAUGAGCUGGUGGAAGAUACAGCCGGAAACACAGACACAAGUGAGCUGGGCCUGGAGGCAUGGAAGAUUGGGGCUAUUUCUGCUGCAGCCUUCUUGGUGUUGGAGACCGUUAUCAUCAUUAUCUAUGUCCUCAAACAUCCAUCUUGCAACAAAAACAGUGUCCCGGCUCUACAGCGAGCAUGUGAGGAAGGGUGUGUUGAACCAGAGGCAGCUACAGGAGGUGACUGCAGUGACGACACACUUCCUGCAAGCAAUGGGGACGCUCAACAGAUAGCAGCACAUGACCCAUUUGAUGUGGCUUCAACCCUGGCCCAAAACAAAGAGCAGCAUGAAGAUGAGCUUGCAAUAGCCAUGUCCGACCUCCCACCCAGCUCCGCAGAGGAGUCAGUCAACACUGGACCAGGACCAGACUCCUCACAAGACCUCAGGACUUCCAUUCUCUAGGGGGUCCAAGUGUUUUGUCUGUUUCUACUAUAUCUUCACAAAAUCCAAAAAGCCACUCUCCAUCCCUAUUCUUAAUCUACCCAGACACCCAAUGAAUUAAUCAAAAUUUUUAAAGUCUAACCAACCUGACACAGACUGCCUGGAAUUCUGACUAUAAUAACUACUGUAUAUGUCAUAAUGUCGUAUUUGGUGUUUGUGACCACAUGUAUGUUUGUGUGAGUGUAAAUUGAAAGAAAAAGACACUGUCAGACAUUUGGGAUGUGUGAACAUGUUGAAAUAGGAGUGUGCAUUAACAGGUGAGCACACUGUUGGAAUAAGUGAACAGGAAGAGCAUGUCUUAAAAUACUUUGUGCAUGUAUUUGUGUGUGUAAAUGGGAUGAACAUUUUUAUUUAACCUUCAUAUAACCAGGACGUCUCUUGAGAUUGAAAUCUCUUUUCCGAGGGAGGGACCUGGCUAUGUAGCAAGUUUUGCAAUUUAUUCCAAGAUCAUGGAGCGAAGUAAGAGAACGCUUUUUUCCCCAGCUCUGUAAAAAACCCUUGGAACCUGGUAAGAGAGCCACCUGGUGGAACGGAGAUGAAAACUGCUGGAAUUCUGCUUAAGGAAAUUACAUAAAUAUGUUGGCAGUUUACUCAACAUGGCCUUGUAUAAACAUGUUAUAAAUCCAAUUUGAUAUAUGUAAGCUUUUUAAGCUACGAAGAAAUUGUUAAGAAAUGUUUUUCAUACUGACCAAAUUAGUCAUGCUGUACAGAAUAGCUAGAAUCAAUGUGAAAAAGGCAGUUGGUAUGAACCAUUUUCACGUGUUAUCAACAAUUUACAAAAAAUAAUUUUUCAGUAUCAUGGAGCCCCACACUCGCAAACAAGAAACAAAAAAACAUUUGAGAUAACAUUGACAUUACGUUUAAAACUAUAUUUGAUUUAUUGUAUUUUAUUCUAAAUAACUUCUGACCUGUGUAUCAUCAUUUGUGCUUUGAGCAGUACCAAAUUAAAAUGACAAUGUUGAA